AUGGUUUCACAUAUUGCAGCAUCAGUACUUACAAAGUACUUGGGAGAUUAUGUGGAUGAUUUAAAUAAAGAUAAUAUAAAAUUAUCAUUUCUUUCAGGUGAAGCAGUAUUACAAGAUUUAAAAAUAAAAAAAACUGUAUUACAAUCAUUUCUUCCAAAUGUCAUUGUAAAACAAGCAAUUAUAAAGAAAUUAUCAUUACAUGUACCUUGGAAAGAUUUAAAAGGUAAACCAGCUAUUAUAAAGAUAGAGGGUAUAUAUGUACUGGCAGAGACUAGUGUAGAAUUUGAUGAACAAUAUUAUAAAAAGAAAUUUCAAGAUGAAAAACAAGCGAAAUUACAUAUACAAGAAGUAUUAAGAUUAAAUAAACAACAAUUAAAAAAUCCACACCAAUCAACAACGACAACGACGACGACAAGUGAUGAAUCAAAUACAUUUGGUAGUAAAUUAUUACAAACAGUUGUUGAUAAUUUACAAUUGUAUAUUGACUCUGUUCAUAUUAGAUUUGAAGAUUCAGUUAAUAGGAGAUCAUUUUCAUUUGGUGUUACAUUGAAUAGUUUAGUAGCGGAAUCUACCGAUCAAACUUGGAAUCCAACUUUUAUAAAGAAUGAAUCGACAAUCAUUCAUAAAUUAAUAAACUUAAAUCAAUUAUCAAUUUAUUGGAAUUCAAAUUCACCAAAAUUAAAAUAUACAAAUAUUGAUGAUUUAUCACAAAAAUUAAAAUCAAUGAUUAAAAAAGAAGAUAGUGGUAAACAGCAGCAGCAGCAACAACAACAACAGGGAGAAGAGCAAGACGAUGAAAUUGAAGAAGAUUAUUUCUUAUCAACAGAAUCUAGAAAACAACAAUAUAUAAUUGACCCAAUUUCAGCUAAAUUAAAAGUUGUAAUUAAUAAAUCAAUCAUACCAAGUGAAGUGAUACCAAAGUAUAAUUUAAAUUUCGAAUUUGAUAAAACUGAUAUCAGUUUAUCCGAUUAUCAAUAUAAAGAUAUUACAGGAAUUUUAGAGAGUUUUAAAUUAUUUGAGAAAUCAAUUGAAUUUAGAUCAGCAAGACCAAUCAACACAACCAUUAAACAAUCGCCAAGAAAAUGGUGGAAUUACGCCAUACAAUGUGUGUUACAAAAAGUUCAUCAAAAACGUUACACUCAAUCUUGGUCAUAUAUUAAAGAGUUUUUAAGUGAUAAACGUGAUUACAUUGAAUUAUUUAAAAAAUUAAAAAAGAAAACAAUUCAUCAAACCGAACAAACUAGAUUAGAUUCUUUAGAAUGGAAAUUACCAUUUGAUCAAAUUUUAUUUUUUAGAAAUUUAUCUUUUAAAAUUAUUGAAAAAGAAGAGAAAUUAGAAAAAGAAAGAUUAAAAUUACAACAACAACAACAACAACAACAACAAAAUCUAAAUAAAAUAUCACCGACAACAACGACAACUCCAUCUACAAGUACUGGAGGAGGUGGAUGGUUAUCAUCAUGGUGGAAACCAAUUGUAAAUACAAGUGUACCAAUAACAGCAGCAACAACAACAACUACAGCGACAAAUACAGAUUCAACAAUAACAAAAUUAAAAGAUAUUAAAUUAUCUAAAGAUGAUUGGAAUGAAAUUUAUGAUACUAUAGGGUAUGAUGAAAAUGAUGAUAUUAUUAACAGCAAUGUCGCUUCUUUACAACAACCUAAACAAUUUGGUAAAGAUUUUUCAAAUAUAAUAAAGACAGUGAUUAAUUUUAGAUUAGUACAGGGUGGUUUAAAAUUGAAAAAGAAGAGGAGAACUAUUGCAUUACUUCAAUUAAAUGAUAUUUCACUAUCACUUAAAUCCAAAAUAAAUUCAUCAUUCGUAUUCAACGGUAAUUUAAAAGGUUUAGAAUUAAUUGAUCAAUCAACUUUUAAUACUCAAUUCCCAAAAUUAAUAUCACCAUUACUAAAAAGAAAUUCAUCCUCAAUACCUACAAAAAUAAUAUCACAACCACCAAUUUUUAAUAUUACAUUAGAGAGUCAUUCACUUUCUUCAACAAUAACAUCAUCCACAACAACAGCAACAACAACACAAUCAACAUCAACAAAUAGUAAUAAUAAUAAUAAUAUUAAAGUAAAUUAUAGUUUAUCAAUUCAAUCAAAACCAUUAACUAUUGUUUAUUAUCCUAAAUUUAUAUCAACAGUAAAUGAUUUCUUUUUUAAGAAAGAAGAUGAUCAAGAUGUUCAAGAUAUGGUAUUAGAGGAUUUAGAAAAGAAAGCACAAGAAACCAUAGAAUCAAUUAAAGCACAAACUAGAGAUAAAUUAUUAUUAGCCAUUUCAAAUAAAACAACAUUUUCAAUUGAUAUGGAUUUAGAAGCACCAAUCAUUUUAGUACCAGAAUCAAUAACAAAUAAGAAUACAAAUUUAUUAAUUUUAGAUCUUGGUAAAUUAUUAAUUAAUCAUUAUCCAAAACAACAACAGUUACAACAACAGUUACAACAAUUACAACAAGAACAAGGACAAGAACAAGAACAAGAACAAAAACAAGAACAAAAACAAGAACAAGAACAAAAAGAUUGGAAAGAAGAAUUUUAUGAUGAAUAUUUAUUUAAAUUAAUAAAUACUCAAGUAUUAUUAGCAAAUUUAAAAAAUGAUUGGAGAGAUAUUGAACAAGUUAAAAAGUUUAGAAUGAAUAUUGCAAAUCCAUUAAAUGCAAAUUUCACAUUAAAAAUUAGUAAAUUAAAUAAUCGUCAACUUUUAACAUCAUUAAAAUUAAUGGCAUCAAUUGAUUUAUUAGAAUUUUAUUUAUCAUCUUGUCAAUAUGUUAAUUUAGUGAAUAUUAUUCAAUCAGUUACUCAACCAAUUGAUCAACAACAGCAAUUAAUUGGUUCAGAAUCAAUGUAUAUGUCUGCUUUUGAUUAUAGUAGUGUUUAUCAAUCAAAUAUAUUUAAACAACCACAACAAUUACAACCACAACAAAAACAACAAUCACCACCUUUAAUAUCAUCACCACCAUUAAUUAAAAAAAAGAAAAGUUAUUCAAAAGAAUUUAUUGAUAGUUAUAAGAUGUUUGAAGCAAGUUUUAAUAUCGAUAAAUUUAAUAUUCAUUUAAGAUUGGAUAAUUAUGAUAGUAGUGGUAGUAGUAGUAAUAAUGAUAGUAGUAAUACAACAACGACUAAUCAUAAUCAAUUGGUUAGUCAUAAUGUGGCAUUGGUAUAUUUAAGAUGUUUACAUGGUACAUAUGUUCAAAAAUUAUUUGAUACAAAUUUAGAAUUAUUAAUUAAAGGUAUGUGGAUUGAAGAUUGUUUUCAAAAACCACAAAGUAUUGCUCACGGUAGUGGUGGUGAUUAUUUAGCAACUACUACAAAUAGAUUUAAACCAAAUGAUGUUAAUAUUGGUGGAGGUUCAAAUGAAAAUCUUAUUAAGUUUAAAAUUCAACAAAUUUCAUCAGAUUCACCAUUUUAUAAUAAUAUUGAUAAACUUUUAGAUAUAGAAUUAUCUCAAAUUAAUUUAAUUUUAAAUAGAAAAACAGUUGCAGGUUUAAUUGAAUUUUCUAAUAGUGUUUCAAAUUUAUCAAUUUUAAAAAAUAAUCAAAAUAAUAAUCAAAAUAAUAAUCAAAAUAAUAAUCAAAAUAUAAAUGAAUCAUCACCAACUGUAUUUAUAACAUCACCACCACCACCACCACCACCACCACUAAAUCAUCAAUCAAAUAAUAAUUCUCAAUAUGAUACACUAUCAUCAAGUACUUAUUUAAUUAGAAAUAGUAAUAAUAAAAUAUUACCACCAAUUCAACAAAUAUCAACAACAGCAAAUAAUAAUAUUAAAAUUCAAACUAAAGCAACAAUUAAGAUUGACUUAGUUAGAAUUUUAUUAACAAGAGAGAAUAAUAAUCCAUUAAUUAAAGCUUCAUUCACUGGAUUUAAUUGUACUACUGAUCAAUACAAUUAUAAAACCAUUAUGAAUGGUAAAUUAGGAUCAUUAAAAAUUUAUGAUAUGACAACUGAAGGUAGAAAUUAUCGUACAAUUUUAACAACUAGAGAAAGAAAGUUAAAUAAUAAAACAAGUCCAACAACACCAUCUAGUUCAGGAGUAUCAACAGGAACAACAUUUGAUAUUGAUAUUGAUAAUUUUGAUACAGUUUCAUCAUCAUCAUCAUCUUCAUUAUUAUCAUCAUCAUCAUUAUUAAUAUCACCACCUGGUGGUGAACAAUCAUCAUUGGUUUAUUUUCAAUUUGAAUCUAGAAAUGAUAAUAAUAGUCAAAUGUUAAAAAUUAAUUUAAGUAGUAUUAGAUUCAUAUUUUUAAAAAGAUUUACAGAAGAAUUAAGAUUAUUUUUAAAUAAUGUUAAUAUGAUGAGAGAGUAUUUAAAAUCAUCAAUUUAUUCAGCAGCAACUGUAAUCUCACAAAAUAGAUCAACUUUAUUCUAUGAAAUUGAAAUUCAAAAUCCAUAUAUUGUAAUACCAUUAUCAUCAUUAUCAAAUAAAAUAUUCAUUGUAGAUUUAGGUAAAAUCAAUAUAAAGAAUCAAUUUGAAAAGAUAAUACCAACAAGUACUGGUGAAAUUGAUAUGAUCUUAAUGGAACCAGUUAUAAUUGAAAAUAUUAUAAUUGAAGCUCAAAAUAUUAAGUUAUUAUCAGGUUUAAAUAGUGAAAUUAAGAAAUCAGAAAAUAAUAAUAACAACAACAACAAUAGCAAUACAAAUCAAAGAUCAUAUGGCACAAUGGUUAGUGAUGUUAAUGUAUCUAUCAAUUUGAAAACACCAUUAUUUUCUGAAUUAAAUUUAAAACAAUAUUUAGAACAAUGUAUGAAAUUACAAAGUUGGGAAAAACAUUUUACAAUUUCACAAUUUGAAUUGAAUGUUAGUGAGUACGAAUUGAAAUCUUUAAUAGAAUUAUUAGAUGGUAAUUUAUCAGAAUUCUCUUCUGAAAUUUUAAAUGAUGCAAAUAGUAGUUUUGAUCAACAAAAACAACAAGAAAUUGAAAAAUUAAAACUACAACAAGAAAUUGAAGAUAAUAAUAAUGAUAAUGAAGAUGAACAAGUUAAUAAAUUAUUACAAUUAAUAAAAGAACAAGUUGGUUAUACAUAUUGUAAAUUAGGUAAAUUUUCAAUAAUGUUUAUGAAAAGAGAUGGUACAGAUAUUGAUGAUAGAUUAGUUUUAUUUUAUGUUAGUGAAGCUAAAAUGGAUAUUAUAAAAGAAGAGAUGGAAACUUCAAUGAAUAUUGAAAUUAAAUCAGUUCAAAUGAAAGAUUUUUCAAAAGAAACUCAUCCACAUUUAAGAAAUAUUUUAACACCAUUGUCUUUAAAAUCAGUUAAUGAAAAACGACAACAAAAAGAACAAAUACUACCACAAAUUAUAAUUAAAGGAUCAAUUAAACCACCACCAAUUCAACAAUCAUUAUUUCAAAUUUCAAUUGAUGGUAUGUUUAUGAUAUUUGUACCACAUUCUUGGAUACCUGUACAAGAUUCAAUUAUGAAAUUAAGUAAAUUUGCAACUGAAGCAUGGAAUAGAUAUACAAUCAAAGUUUAUGGUGAAGCACCAACAAAUGAUGAAAUCAUUCAAUCGGGUCUAUCAUUAUUCUCAUUGAGUAUAAAAGAUAUUAAAAUUUCAAUACCAGGUGAUUGUACUGUCAAUAGUGGUCAAGGUGAAAAUGAAUAUUCUCUAUUCAUUCGUUCUUCAUUAGAUAUUCAAACCACUUCAAGAGGUGCUAUGGGUGUUGAAACUAUUACUUUAAUUGAUGCAAAUAAUAUUCAAAUUUAUCGUAAUCAAUUAGUUGAUACAAAUAAUGAAAAUAUAAAUAAUAAUAAUAAUAAUAAUUUAACAACUUCAACAACAACAACAACAACAACAAAUAAAAAUCAAUCAAAUAUUAAAAUUAUUGCACCAUUUAAAAUUGUAUUUCAAACAACUUCAACACUAUUAAAUUCAGAAUCAAGUUUAUCAAUCAAUAAUAUAGUUGUAACAUUUUCAUAUCAAGAUUUUAAAUUAAUGAUGAAAAUUAUAAAUUCAAUCAUUGAAUCAAAUAAUCAAAAUUUAAUUCAAGAAAAAAUGAAAAGAAAUUAUUUAAAAAAAUAUAGAGAUCCGAAUGAAUGUACAAGUGAUGAUGAAUUAGAAGAACAAUUACAACAAUUAGAAAAUGAUGAUUAUAAUGAUGAUAAUUAUAAUAGCAAUGGCAAUAAUAAUAAUAACAAUAGCAAUAAUCAAUUACCAGUUAAAGAAGAUUCACAAUUACAAAAAUAUUUAUCAAUUUCAUUAGAAAAAGGUGAAUUCAUAUUAAAUGAUGAUCAUAAAAUAUCAUCACCAAUUAAAUUAUUAUCAAUUGGAGUUGAUGGUUUAAAGAGUAAUAUAUUUUCAUUCCCACAAAAAAAUCAAAUAGCUUUAUCAUUGGAUGCAAAUAUGAAAGCAGGUUAUUUUAAUAAAAAUAUUGGUAUUUGGGAACCAUUGAUAGAGAAUUGGGGUUUCUCAUUCACUUCUAAUAACUCAAUCGAAGGUGGUUGGAUGGUUAAUUUCAAUUCUAAAAUACCAUUAUAUAUUAAUAUUACAAAGAUUUUCAUUGAUACUUCAAUUUCAACUUAUCAAAUUUGGGCUGAUGAUUAUUAUAGUCAACAAAAAAAAGAUAAAAAAAAUAAAUCAAAUGAUUAUGAUAAUGAUGAAAUUAUUGAAGAUACUGUUGAACAAGUUAAUAAUGAUUUAAUUAAACCUGCUGAUGAUCAAAAGAAUAAUAAUAAUAAUAAAAAUGAUAAUAAUAAUAAUAAUAAUAAUAAUAAUAAUAAUAAUAAUAAUAAUAAUAAUAAUAAUAAUAAUAAUAAUAAUAAUAAUAAUAAUAAUAAUAAUAAUAAUAAUAAUAAUAAUAAUAAUAAUAAUAAUAAAAAUAAUAAUGAUAAUAAUAAUAAUAUUAAAAAUAAUAAUAAUAAUGAAAAUAAUAAUAAUAAAAAUUUACAAGAAAAAGAAGAAAUUAAAUAUCCAUAUUAUAUAAGAAAUGAUACAGGUGUUGAAUUAUGGUAUUGGGUUAGAAGUGAUGAAAUUCAAAAAUUACCAGUAGGUAAAGAAGCAGGUUUCAAUCCAAAGUUUAGUAGUUCUUCUUCUUCUUCCCAACAACAACAACAACAACCACUAUCACCAUUACUACAAACACAACAACAAAUUCAAUUAAAACCAGAAGAAUUACAACAAAAAAUUGAAUUGGAAAGAAAGAUAUCAUUUCAAUUAUUUGGUGAUUUUCAACCAAUUGCUAAAGUUCCAAUGGAUAGUAUUGGUACAUAUACAUUAUAUCCAAUGCCAGAAUAUAAAAAUAUUAAAUUACUAUAUGAAAUAUCAUAUCGAAAUGGUGCAAAAGUAUUAAGUUUACAUUCAAAUUUUAAUAUUAGAAAUGAUACUGAUAUACCAGUUGUAGUUCAUAUCACUGCAAUUUAUAAUCAAAUACCAAGAUCAAUUGAAAUUUUAUUAAAUCCACAUGUUAAAAUUCCAAUUCCAGUUGAAUAUACUAUUGGUAGAAUUAAAUAUAAACCUUAUAAUCUUGGUUAUGAUUAUUCUGCUGAACGUAUAGAUUGUUCAAAUGUUUUACAAUUAUUUAAAUCUUCAAAACAAAAACAAAAACAAUUAAAUAAUCAACUUCAACAACAAUCUAAUAAUAAUAAUAAUAAUAAUAAUAAUAAUAAUAAUACAAAUUCAAAUAAUUCAAAUUUAUUAGGUAAUUUAAUUGGUGGUAAUAAUAAUAAUAAUGAUUUAAACAUUGGUAAAAUUUCAUCAAAAAUGAUAUGUAAACAUGGUGUAAAAUUACCAUUUGUUUUUUUAUCAUCAAUUGAAAAGAAUAGUUUAGAGACAAAGAAUACUAUUGAAAUUUCAAUUAAUACGGCUAUAAUGAUUGAAAAUGUUUUAGCAUGUGAUUUACAAUAUCGUCUUUAUCACGGUAAGAAUAAAAAGAUCAUUGGUUCAGCAUUCUUUAGUGGUGUAAUUCCAAUGGGUAAGAAAUUACCAGUAUUGGUUUAUGAUUCACUUCAAGAUAUUUAUAUGGAAUUUCAAAUUUAUGAUUUCCAAUGGUCACCAUUAUGUUUAAUCGAUAGUAUGGUUGGUUUAGCAGUUACAGAUAAAGUUAAAAUUGAAGAUAGGUUACAUCAACCUCUAUUGAUUUCAUUUGAUAAUAGAAUUCAACCAAAUGGAAGUAGAUUCGUUACAUUGUAUUGCGAAUAUUGGUUAAUUAAUCAAACUGGUUUACCAUUGUAUUUCCGUCAUCAUAUUGGUGCUCAAACCAUUGAUCCUGCAGGUCAAACACCAACCAAACAAAUUGAAACCAUUCACGAAUCAACAUCAAUGAAACCAACCGAUAGUAGGAAUUGGUAUACCAAAGAAUGGAAUCAUCCAUCACAACCAUUUAUGUUUGCCUAUUCCGAUAACUCUAUCGUUGGUGGAAAAUUCUCUUUGAAAAUUUAUGAUUCAAAUUGGUCCUCACCAUUCUCUUUGAUAUCAUCACAGUCAUCGAGUAAUUCAAAUAUUGAAAUUAGUGAAGAUCGUACCGAUGAAGAAAAAGAAAUUAAAAAUGUAAUUGGUACAAUUACAAAGAGACAACCUUUAAAAACAAAUUAUAAUCUAUCAGUUAGUAUUUUACCAUCGAAUUCAAAGUUUUGGCGUACAAAAGUCGUAACAUUUAGUCCAAUGUAUUUAAUGGUAAAUUCAACACGAUUUCGUAUACUCUAUCAACAAUUUGAUUGUGAUUCAAAUACUCAAUCCAUUAUACAAGAUCAAUCAUUACCAUUUCAAUUUCCUUCCUCUAGACAUGAAAAACUCAUUCGUAUUGGUAUAUUGGAUACAAGUGCAAUCUCUAAUAAUCCUUACAAUGCAAAUGAUGUUUCAAAUAUAAAAUGGAGUGGUUAUUUUAAUCCACAAAUUUUAGGUCAAGUUGUUUUAAGAUUAAGAAAUGAAACUGAUAAUAGUAGUGGUGGAGUUUUAAAUAAAUUUAAAAAAGAUUCUGAAAUUUCAACUAAAAAAAGAAAUUCAAAUUUUAUUUCAAAUUUAUUAACAAUUAAAAAUAAACAAUUAAAUGUUGAUUCAUCAAAUCAACAACAACAACAAUUACAACAACAACAACAACAACAACAACAACAACAACAACAACAACAACAACAACAACAACAACAACAACAACAACAACAAUCAAUCAAUCAACAAACUUCAUUAAAUUCAUCAUCAUCAUCAACUAUAACAUCAACAAAUUCAACUGUUAUAUUUGAAGAUUUAAGAGUAUUUAUAAAUGUUACAAUUAGAGUUAAAUCUAGUAAAAGUUUAACAACAACAAUGAUUAUAUUGAAUGAACAAAAUCCAGAAUUACCACCUUAUAGAAUUAAUAAUAAAACUAGGUUCCCACUUUGGAUUAGACAAAAGAAAACUGAAAUUUGGGAUAAAGUUCAACCAAAAACUUCAAUACCUUAUGCUUGGGAUCAUCCAAUUUUACCAAAGAAAUUAAUAAUUGAAUUUCCAACUGGUUUAACUAAAACUUAUCGUCUUGGUAAUUUAGAAGAGAAUUCAAUUGUUUCAAUUAAAAAUCCAAAUAGUAGUGGUGGUUAUGAUAGAGUUGAUUUUCAAAUUUCAAUCAUUGCAAAUGGUCCAACUAGAGUUUUAAAUAUUAAAGAAAGAGAUUUAAAUGGUGAUACCAAUAAUAAUACAAUUUCACCACAAUUAAAUUCAAUUGAAACUUUUGGAAUUACAAAUGAUCCAAAUAAUCCAAAUAAUCCAAAUAAUAAUCCUAAUAAUAAUGAUAAAUUAAAUGUUAAAUAUGAAUUUUCAAUUGAUCUUUCAAAUAUUGGUAUUUCAAUUAUUAAUAAAAUUCCAACAAGAGAAGAAAUUGUUUAUUUAUCAAUUGAUGGUUUAAAAUUGGAAGUAAAACAAUCAAAAUUGGAUCAAUAUAUUCAAUUUAAAGUUGAUGAUCUUCAAAUUGAUGAUCAACGUUAUUCUACAAAUUUCCCAGUUUUUUUAUGUCAAUCAAAAAAAAUUAAUCAUUCAAUAAAUCAACAACCUAAUCAACAAUCUUCAUCACCACAAUCAACUAAUACAACAACAACAACAACAACAAAUACAACAACAACAAAUAAUACAACUCAACAACAAAAAUUAAAACCAUUUUUACAAUUUAGUGCAACUAGAACAUUAAAAUAUUCAAAUAUUAUGUUUUUUAGAUAUUUUUCAAUUUUAAUUCAAGAAUUUGAUAUAAAUUUAGAUGAAGCAUCAAUUUUAAAUGCAUUAUCAUUUAUAAAUAUAAAUUUGAAUAGUUUAAAUGAACAUUUUACACUUCAUCCAACAAUUACACAAGAAGAAAUUCUAGAAACAAAGAAUGCAUCCAAUAUAGAGAAUCAUAUGGUUUACUUUGAAAUGUUACAUAUUAAUCCAGUUAAAAUGAAUUUAUCAUUCAUUAGUUGUAAGAGUCCAAAAGAAACUCAAGCAAUUCUUGGUGCUAGAUCAUUGGCUGAACUAUUGAUUGGUUUUAAAUCAAAUUCACCCUUUUUAAAUAUUGAAAGAGCACCCAUCAAAUUCAAUGGUUUCAUUUGGGAACAUCCAUUCCUCUCGACUAGACAAGUUAUCGAUGAAAUAUCAUUACAUUUCUCUUAUCAAAUGAUGAGUCAAGCUCAUAAAAUUUUUGGUUCAUUCGAUUUCAUUGGUAAUCCAAUUAGAUUGGCCGAAUCGUUAGGUAGUGGUUUUAAAGAUUUUUUCCAUGAACCUGCAUUAGGUUUAGUUAAAAGUCCUCAAGAUUUUGCUGCUGGUCUCUCAAAAGGUACCUCUAGUUUAAUCAAUAAUUCAGUAUUUGGUUUCGCUGAUUCAACUUCAAAAAUUACAGGUACCAUUUCAAAAGGAUUGGUUCAAUUAUCGCUGGAUGAUAGUUAUAUAAAAGAAAGACAAGAAAGUAAUAAACAAAAACCAAAAGGAGUUAAAGAAGGUUUAGAAUUUGGUUUCCGUGAUUUUGGUGAGGGUGUUAUUAAAGGAAUUACUGGUAUCAUCGAUGAACCCUACAAAGGUGCAACACAAGAGAAAUCUUGGGAAGGUUUUUUCAAAGGUAUUGGUAAAGGUGUUUUGGGUGUGGCAGUUAAACCAACGGUUGGAGUUUUCGAUUUAGUUAGUAAAACAUCUGAAGGUAUUAAAAAUUCAACCACUGUUGCAAAAUCACUCUCUCAAAUUAAAAGACGUCGUAUUCCAAGAUAUUUCCCAAGAGAAGGUACAUUAUCAACCUAUAAUCAAUUUAAAUCCAUUGGUUCCUUUAUACUUUAUUCAAAGAUUGGUCCACCACCAACUCAUGAUUGGUAUGUUUUUCAUACUAUUCUAAACUAUAAAGAUUUGAUUUUAAUUGGUAGCAAUUAUCAUCUAUUGUUAAUUCGUUGUGCAAAUCUUUCAAUAAAUGGUAAUUUAUCGGAUUCUGAAAUCAUUUGGAAAGUUAAAUUCUCUGAAAUCAUUCAAAUUAAAAAUAUACCUUCCAAUUUUGGUUUCCAAUUAUUUGUAAAUGUAAAUGGUGUUGGUCAACCUCCAAUCACUCUUUUAAUUCCAACUCUAACUGAAGAAGUAAGAAAUAGUGUUGUUAGAAAAAUUACUGAUUUAAUUUUGUUGGAAAAAAGAUUUGGUAAUAAUUUAGAUUAG